AUGGGACCGGAAACUCGACGCACCAACAUCAAGCAGUUGAGCGAGACUAUAAAUUUGAUGGAGCUGAAGCCCUGGCAACAAUUGAUAUGCAGAGAUGCAUCCCGUGCGGAGGAAUCCCUCGAGUUCAUCACUACCAAGGCCAAGAAACGCAACCGCAGUGACAACAAACUCUUCGGAAUGAACAAGUUACAUUUUCAUUGCGAUCAGGCGGUUUAUCAAGCUAGUUCACAAGAAGGAACGCGCGCUCUUGAUAAAAAGAUCGGCAUGGUUACAGAGAACAGGUUCUCUCCCAAGCCGUGGCAGAGACAACGAAGCAGUCGCCAGCGUGAAGAUAACGCCGGAUGGAAGGUUAUGUAG